CUUGUGUUCUCAAAAAAAAAAGAAACCAACCAGCUCCACGAACCUUUGAGUAGGGCCUUUGACUCUACUCUACUCCUUUCAACCAUUUACAUUCAGAGUUAACCUUUUCCAAAAUUUCUUUUCUCAAAGCUACUCGUUUUGAGACGUUUUUCGCUUCUAAUAAGGAAGAACCAUCUCUCAUCUUUUCGGAUCAUGAGUGGUCAGCGUGGUGGGGGGAGAGGCGGGGGGAGAGGCGGCGGUGGUGGUGGUGGUGGUGGUGGUGGGUUUGGCGGCUUUGGAGGUGGGAGGGGUGGUGGGUAUGACCGUGGUCGUGGUGGUGGUGGUGGAGGGGGUCGUGGAGGGGGUCGUGGAGGGCCGAGAGGCGGAGGUGGUGGGAGGGGUGGGAAUUUUGGAGAUUCCAUAUUUUCAAGUGGUUCCCCCGCGGUUAUCGAUCCGAGAAUUACGGCGAUGGAGAACAAGCUUGUCGCUGUUAAGACGAGAGUCAACGAGCCGCUUAUGCCUCCUCGUCCCAAUUUCGGGACAAAAGGAAUUUCGACCUUGGUCCGAGCGAAUUAUUUUCCAGUAG